AUGCAUUUUUCCACUCUUGCCGCCUUUACCUGCCUGGUUAUGAGCGCCAGUGCCUUUGAUUACCCUGAAUUCGUUCCCCUUCACCGUCGCCAGGACCCCGGUACCCCUGCAUAUGAAUGCCAUGCCAACUGCGGUGGCGUGAUCACGUCUUCCCGGUCUGACGACUUCUGUGACUCGAGCACCUUCAAGUCUCAGCUGUCUGACUGCUUGAAGUGUGCCAAUGAGUUUGACAUCUGGAAAUACUACGGCAAUUCAGUGUCUAAGGCCGCUGAGUCCUGUGGCUUGGAUUCCACUCCUGAGGACGCGGGUAAUGAUGAUGGUGACAGCGCUUCCACUACUGUGGGACCUGCUCCUACCACCAGCGCUGGAUCCAGUGUCACUGCCACCGAGGCUCCCACCGAGGCGGCAACUACCUCCACUGAAAAUGAGGAGACCACCACGGCCCCUGGCACCACCGCUCCGUCUGCUACUCAGAGCUUCACUACCACCGCCUCGGCUCCACGAUCUUCUCAUCCGGUAAUCCCAACUGGGUCUAAGUCGACUCCCGUGUCUGGAUCGGGUACCCCUACCGGACAGGCUACCGCCAGCGCUUCUUCCUCGGAUAUUCCUCUCUCAAACUCCGCAACCAGCGCUCAGGGUAACCUGUGGGUCGGCGUCGUUGUUGGAUCCCUCGUUGCGGUUGCCAUGGGCAUUUAA